AUGUCACCUGUCCCGUUAGUUGCCUUGCUCGGCUUCUUCUUCUUCGUUCCGGCUUUGGGCCAGUCAUCUUCGAGCUGUUCAACCACUCUAAUUCCUACGAACUCGAUAAAGUCUUCCGUUGCUUCUGGGUACCGGGCGGCCCUUGUGGCUACCGGUUUAACUGACCCUCGUUCGAUAGAGUUCGACAGCGCAGGCAAUCUACUGGUUGUUCAAGCAGGCGCGGGGAUUGAGAGUCUUCAGCUGCAAGAUAAUGGCGGCACUUGCGUGACUGUCAAGUCGAAGAAGACCGUGGUGCAGGCCAGCGCCCUCAACCAUGGCAUUGCGUUAUCACGAGAUGGGAAAACACUUUACGCUUCUUCAGCAGAAGCAGCCUACUCGUGGGAAUACGAUUCAGCGAGCUCCACCGUCAGCGACACCAAUAUGACCGUAGUGACGGGUAUGAACACAGAUGACCAUACUACGAGGACCCUCCUCAUCUCUCAGAAGGUUGACGGCAUGCUUUUGAUCAGCCGAGGAAGCACUGCCAACAUCGAUCCAGCAGCGGAAAUGCUUUCUUCAGGCCACAGUCAGAUAAAGGCUUUCAACCUCAACAACAUCACGGCGGAUGGCUAUUCGUAUGAUACCGAUGGGCUACGUCUUGGUUGGGGGCUUCGCAACUCGGUUGGUGUCGCUGAGCAUCCGACUACUGGUGGUAUCUUCUCCGUGGAGAACUCGGUCGAUCAGGCCACGCGUGAUGGCCAAGAUGUCCACGAGGACAACCCUGGCGAAGAAUUGAACUUUCAUGGGUACCUCAACGGAACUCAGUAUUCAGCGCAGGGCAGCAAUUAUGGAUAUCCGUAUUGCUUCGCUGCUUGGGAUCCAAGCGACUUACCGGACAAUAGUAAUUUGACUGUCGGCAGCCAAUUCGCUAUUGGAAAUAUGAACAACACUAUCAAUGAUACUUACUGCGCAGAGCAGACACCGCCGAGGUUAACUUUCGAGGCGCACAUGGCGCCACUAAACAUUGUGUUCAACAACAGCGGCAACGAUGGCUGGGUCACCUUUCAUGGGAGCUGGGACCGCACCGACCCUUCCGGCUACAAAGUCUCUCUCAUCUCCUUUGCCGACGGCGGCGAACCCGUGGCUCCGGCGAACAGUAACACGUCCUACACAGACAUCGUCGCAAAUGCCAACAAUACCGCCUGUCCAGGGAAUUGCUUCAGACCAGUGGGGUUAGCUUUUGAUAGCCAGGGUCGCAUGUUCUUCAGCUCUGAUGCUAGUGGUGAGAUCUAUGUCGUGACAAAGGAUGAGACAGCAAACGGUACGACUGGGAGUAGCUCGUCUGGCAGCGGUUCUUCUGGUGCCAAACCCAAGUCUGGUGCGCAGAGGCAAGGAGUGUUUAGUACUGUGGACACAUAUCGUUGUGGUGUCUGGCGCGACCGGUACGCUCAGCGUUACGAUAUGCCGGAGAAGAAGGGAGGCCUGGAGAUUGCGAUGCAUUACAAGAUUCGUUCACGGCUACUUCGCAAAAGUGCCAAGUUCUUAAUGGGUCAGGAACUCAGAGAGAUCAGCUGUAUGGAACUCGUAAGAGAUCUCAUUGUUGAAUCAUAUGCAAACCUACCUGUUGGCUGUAAAGCGAAACACCCCUCCAACAACCUCAGUGUGAUCCAGGAAUUCGUGCAACGCUCCAAGAUGCUCAGAAAAAUCUUCCACUGCUUGGAAGAGAAAAGCAACAUGAAUCCUCUCCUACAGACCUUGCAACUCGUCCUCACGCAUUUGCAGCUGAACAGUCCCUCAGUCAGAGGUAACCCAUCACUUGGUUUUGCAUACUCUCAAUUUGCGGUCUACUCUCACCCCGACGACUUCCCAAUGUUCAGCGCGAAUAGUAUAUGGCAGAUUAGCACAAACCUUCUGCUGCACAUCGCAAACUUCUUCAAACACCAUUUGACUGAGAAAGGCGAGAAUACUCUGUAUGAGCUAUUCAACCAGCUCAAAGCGCAUGAAAAGCCUAAGGCUUGGGACUCAAGACUCGUUCAAGGAGGUGGUGCGAAGACGCUUGGUAAGCACUGGAAAGGGACUUAUGCCUACUUGCACGACCUUUUCGAGAUGGAUCUCAUUCGUCGGUGCGAACCUGGCAAGGAAUACUUUUUCACCGACAGCAUCGAUCACCAUGACGGUUUUCAGACUCUGGAACUUGACUUCGAACCUGAAGCAAAUAGAGCCCGUUGGCCAAAAGUAUUCGAAUCUCACCUCAACGCCAUGCCUCCCAAAGUUCUGUGCAUGAGACUCGACACGCUCUAUAAGACUAAACCUCCUCAAGCCGAACGAAUCCCACGUGUAGGACGUCGCACAAUGGCAGCGUAUACUCGGGGCAACCUCCGUGAGCAACCUCCUCAAGAACCACGCUCACCACCAGGCACACCGGGCGUGACUCGCGUUGACAUCGAGCUACCGCUGCCACGAAAGAAAAAGCCAUGUUCUCCAACCUCGCCGACCUCUCCCAAGCGCGGUGUUCACUACCACCAGUUCAGCGGCUCAGGAAACGAUGCCGAACCCUUCCACUGCAGCGGUAUCCUACACCCAUUGCCGCCUCAGGAGGGGAUCCCAGGCUGGCACCGCAUCUCGAUGAUGAAAUACUUCGAUCCCUUAGCUCAACCAGACAGCAUGCCACCGCAGUCCGGCACCACCUGGGCUCCUUUCCAGUCUCCGCCAUCCGAGGGGGACGCUCCAUACGUGCCAUACAAGCCAGCUGGCGCCGACGACAACCUCAGUGAUAUGUAUCAGGUCGAUGACGAUGCCCAGGUCAAUGCUGGAUGCUGGGCUUAUGAAGGUGUGGUUCUGCCGGGUGGCAUGAUCAUGCUGGGGAGGUGGUGGAGCCCGAUGGACGAUACGGGGUUGAAGAGGUGCAUGGGGCCGUUCAUCUUUUGGAAUGUCGACAAGGAUGAAUGA